CGGGCGGGUUUUGCGUCGGCCCAAUGGGAGCGGUGCGCCGGCCUCCCCUUUAAGGAAUGUUGUGACCUGACGUCACCCGAGCGAGUUACCUCCCUGAGCCACAGCCGCCAAGCUCAGCUAGAGCCCCGGAGCCCUUGAGCGCGAGGCGCGGAGACCCCGACCCUCAGCCAGAGCCCCAAGCCGCGCGCUCCGGAGUCCCGGCCUGCGCGCCCCGCCGGGCCCGCGCGAUGCCCUCAGACCGGCCUUUCAAGCAGCGGCGGACCUUCGCCGACCGCUGUAAGGAGGUGCAGCAGAUCCGCGACCAGCACCCCAGCAAGAUCCCGGUGAUCAUCGAGCGCUACAAGGGUGAAAAGCAGCUGCCCGUCCUGGACAAGACCAAGUUCCUGGUCCCAGACCAUGUCAACAUGAGCGAGUUGGUCAAGAUCAUCCGGCGCCGCCUGCAGCUGAACCCCACGCAGGCCUUCUUCCUGCUGGUGAACCAGCACAGCAUGGUGAGCGUUUCUACACCCAUCGCGGACAUCUAUGAGCAGGAGAAGGACGACGAUGGCUUCCUCUACAUGGUCUACGCCUCCCAGGAAACCUUCGGCUUCUGAGCCAGCAGCCCCUGUCCAUCUUCCCCUCCCUUACCUGAGGCGCUGCCCCCCCUGCCUGGACCUGCCCACCCCUGAAGGACUGGCCCCUGGCUCACCUGGCCUUGACAUGGUGUAUGGAUCUGUGGCAUUGUGUCUCUGCAGAAUAAAGAUUGCUCAGGCCUGCCUGGC